CAAGUUGUUGACGGACCUGGUGUGUGGGACACUCGCAUGGGCGAUGACUCUUCUGCGAAUCUUGUCAUCAAUUCUGUCGCUGCAAAUACACGAGGUUAUCACACGUUCCUCCAUGUACAGAAAUUCGGAACGCGAUUCACCGCUGAGGAUAAAGACACGGUGGAGUUUUCAAAAGAGAUAUCUGGAAAAGGUUUUGCCAGGGACUUCUGUAUUCUGGUUCUAGCUUAUGGUGACUGCUUUGAAGGUGAAGUCGAUGGAUUGACUUUGAUGGAAGAAUGUUGUCGUCGCGUUAUUUUGAUUGACACUCGGUCGAAGGAUGAAGACAAAAAGCAGAAACAGCUUGAUGAACUAUAUUUUUUGUCUCCAUGGUAGACAAUUUGCGUUGGAGGGAAAAACUUUACACAAACAAUAAUUUUCGCGAGGCCAAGGAGCAGCGCAAAACAUAUAUUGUAGAAUCCAAACUGCCAAUUAUCGAAAAGAAAACCCACGAAGAAACGAAAUUCAUCAUGCACAGUCUUGAAAUGAUACAAAAAGCAAAGAGUACAGAGAGUACGAAGCAGGACCUAUGGCAGCUUAAGGAAAAAGCCAUAGAAUUGCACGAAAGCGUUAUAGAUCAAGAUCGUAGAACGGGUGUCCUUCUUGCCCUCGCGCAAACCGUCGAGAGCUUAAUGCACGUCAUCGAUGACGAAAUUAUAGUUUUUGACAAACUAAGCGAUUCAAAGGAUAAACAGAAAAAAGAGGAAGAGAAACAUGUGAAGGCGCUUGAGAAAGAUAUGAAACGACAAGUACGAACGUCAUCCGAGACAGUGUAAACAGGACGAGGAGCGCAAGAUUAAGCUUCGGCCUCAGAACGAAUCAAAGAGCAGGAGCAAAAGACGAAGUUGGAGAAUGAAGCCUUAAAGAGAGAGGAGAAGUUUCAGAUGUUGAGAGAUAGAGAACGACGAAAACAGCAACAACAGCUAGACGAAAGGAAUAGAAAGUACAAC